AUGGAGUUAAAACAACCCACAAAAGAAAGUGUAGAGAACGCGAAAUUAAGAGAUACCGAACUCAAUGAAGGGAAUGUUAAGCGAGAUGCUGAAAUUAUAGAGCUCAGAUCCAAGAUAGCAAAAUUAGAAUACAUUAUUGAGGAAAGCAGACUCAAAAUACCCCGCUCCGAAGAGAAUU